UCCUCCUAGCAAACAAGUCCUCUUACCGAAGGGCAGUUGGUCUCUUAUCCAUAUCUAACGACUAUAAAUCCCUCCAGUCAAUCCAGCUUCCCAGCUUAACAGCUUUUCAAAACCACUCACUUCCCUCUACAGAUAGCACAACACACCCCCUGUAAUCCAAUUCUUUUGGGAAAAAAAUGGAACUUUCUGCUAUAGCCUUCACAUCCCCUAGAAGUCCCUUCACCAAGCAUAAACCAGUUUUGCCCGCUAAACCCACUUCUUCUUUAUCGACAUUUUCUUGUUUUUCUACUUUGUCGCGUGAUAAAGAACCAGUUCUCUCAUCAAAUUCUGAUUACACAAGAGAGAAUUGCCUAUUUGGUGUGGGUAUUGGGCUUCUAGCAGCUUCAGUUCUUGCUUUCUCACCAAUGGAUGCUGAUGCCACUAGGAUAGAGUACUACGCUACUGUAGCUGACCCUUUAUGUGACUUCAACUUUGUUCGCUCUGGUCUUGGUUAUUGUGAUAUUUCUGUGGGGUCUGGUCAGGAAGCUCCAUAUGGUGAGCUCGUCGAUGUCCAUUACACUGCAAGAUUUGCAGAUGGGAUAGUUUUCGACAGCAGCUAUAAACGUGGUAGACCUCUCACCAUGCGCAUUGGUGUUGGCAAAGUCAUUAGGGGAUUAGAUCAGGGAAUUCUCGGGGGUGAUGGAGUACCACCAAUGCAAGUAGGUGGGAAACGUAAGCUUCAAAUUCCUCCAAAGUUAGCAUAUGGGCCAGAACCUGCAGGUUGCUUUUCAGGUGACUGCAAUAUCCCUGCCAAUGCAACUCUUGUGUAUGAUAUCAAUCUUGUUCGCAUCUACUCAGGAAAUAGAAAGUGAAGUCCAUGAUCAUAUGACAACAAAGUGAAGAAAGUCCAAUAUAGAUUGAUUUGCAGAAAGUGAAGACCUUUAGAGUAUGGAUCAAAUUUUAUGUCCGGGUAUGAUGAUGAUUCACACUAUUAAGAGGAUGAGCAUAACUUAGCUGUGCUUACUUUGAGGAGGGAAGUCUUCUAUUUUCUUUGGUGGGGGAAUGAAGUUAAACGAGUUGAUUCCUAUCUUUUGUACGUAGCAAGAGACAUAAAUUUUGUACCUAAUAAUUUUUAGAUCUUAUUUUUUCAGUUUAUCAAACUUUUUGUGUUGCUGCUUACUUGAAGUAUGCGUAUAUGAUGCCUUACAUGCUAGAAAAAUCUGUCUCUUCA